CCUAACCGAAACAUCCUAAAUCAUGACUAAACUCUUGAUCCAAACCACAUGCUUUCCUCGUAGAUCACAUUGUUUCACUGCCUCAACUAAACAAGCGGCAACAGCAGCUAUGGCUUCCCUGCGGUUCCCACUCUUGUUUUCUCAGCCACCGAGUCAACCCUCCCGCCCCUUCUACCAAACCGCCGCCGCAUAUUCUGCUGCCGCUGCUCUCGGCGGUACGGUUGCAAUCUUGCAGAUCACUCACAACAACCCACUGAAUUUCUCACACAACAAAAUGUCCUCUUGCCGGGUCUGGGGCUCCCUUUCUCUCUCUGAUAGCUCGGACCCUGUUACGGAAUCGAGGACCGGUAUGUCAUUCCCUUCCGUUCUGAAAGACUCUCAGCGACUUCUUGGAAUUGGGUUGAGGAAGAAGGCCUUUCUGGGGUUGAAGAACAUCGAUGUAUAUGCUUUUGGGGUGUAUGCCAAUGAUGAUGAUGUACAGAACAUCCUCAAAGAGAAAUAUGAUACACUUUCUGGUUCUGAGUCUAAGGAAAAGGAGUUGAAGGAUGAACUCAUGGACAAGGACAUACGAACUACAGUUAGACUGCAGAUAGUGUAUGGAAGACUAAACAUCCGGUCUGUGCGCAGUGCUUUUGAAGAGUCUGUUGGAAGCAGGCUACAAAAGUUUGGUGGCUCUGAUAACAAAGAAUUGCUUCAAAGGUUCACUUCCCAGUUCAGAGAUGAAAUAAAGAUACCUCGUGGAGCUGUCAUAGAACUCUCAAGGGAGCCAGGCUAUGUACUUCACACCACAAUUGACGGCAAGGAAGUGGGAAGCAU